CGUUAACACGUCCAUUUUGCCCACCUAAGACCUCGACUUCCCGUUCGCUUUCCGAGUCUUCCUCCGGUCGUCUCCGCCCUCGCCACCGCUGCAGAAAGUCCGAGGAGGGAAGGGGGUGCCAUGGCAUCAUCGGAUCUGGAGAGCAAGGCCAAGGAGGCCUUCGUCGACGACGACUUCGAGCUGGCUGCCGAGCUCUACACGCAGGCAAUCGACGCCGGGCCCGCCACCGCCGACCUCCACGCCGACCGAGCCCAGGCCCACAUCAAGCUCGGCAACUACACUGAGGCUGUGGCGGAUGCCAACAAAGCAAUUGAACUUGAUCCAACGAUGCAUAAAGCCUACCUCCGGAAAGGUGCCGCGUGCAUCAAGCUUGAAGAAUACCAAACUGCUAAGGCUGCUCUUGAAUUGGGUUCUUCCUAUGCAUCUGGCGACUCAAGGUUUACUCGUUUAUUGAAGGAAUGUGAGGAGCACAUUGCUGAGGAGGCUAGCCAGGUGCCAGUAAAGAAGGUUGAGGCUGCACCGGCUGCUCCUUCUGCGGCUGCUGCUGUUGAGGACAAGGAUGAUGGUGCAAACAUGGAGAAUACACAAUCUAUGAUUGAAGCUGCCAGCAAGCCUAAAUACAGGCAUGACUACUAUAACAGUCCGACAGAAGUUGUUCUGACAAUAUUUGCUAAGGGUGUUCCUAUUGACAGUGUGGUCAUUGAUUUUGGUGAACAGAUGUUAAGUGUAUCCAUUGAAGUACCUGGUGAAGAACCAUACCAUUUUCAGCCCCGUCUGUUCUCUAAGAUUAUCCCAGAGAAGUGCAAAUAUCAAGUCUUAUCCACAAAGGUUGAGAUACGUCUCGCAAAAGCUGAGCAGGUGCAUUGGACGUCCCUUGACCAUAGUGGCAAACCAAAGGCCCUUCCGCAGAAGAUAAAUACACCAGCUGCAUCAGCCCCUAGACCCUCGUAUCCGUCUUCAAAGGCGAAGAAAGACUGGGAUAAACUGGAAGCUGAAGUCAAAAAGGAGGAGAAGGAAGAAAAACUUGAUGGUGAUGCUGCAUUGAACAAGUUCUUCCGUGAUAUUUACACGGACGCUGAUGAAGAUAUGAGGAGGGCUAUGAUGAAGUCAUUUGUUGAAUCAAAUGGCACAGUUCUCUCAACUAACUGGAAAGAUGUUGGCGCAAAGAAGGUUGAAGGGAGCCCUCCUGAUGGAAUGGAACUUAAGAAGUGGGAAUACUAGGGUUCGGACCAUCUCAUGCUCUGUAAAUCUGGGUCGCGAGCCAUGACUUGGUUGCAAACAUGCAGAUCACUGUUAGUUGGAAUUGUUUUGGUCAUGCUCUUCAUGAAGUUUCUGCAUUCGUAUGCUUUCUGUAUGACGGUCUAGCUUGUCUGAGUACCACUGCUUGUCUUAGCUUUGCAUGACACUAUUGGGCAGAGUAUACUGUAUGCUAUCUGUAUCUCUGGUAUCAAGCGCAAAACGUCUGUGGUAAUUGCUGCCGCAAAUUUCAUCUGUGAAAUGCUAUGUUUUUGGUCCGAA